UUCUCUCGAAAGCACGACCCAUCCCGGCCGUGGGUUUUAGGGUUUUGUAGCAGCCUCUUGGAGUCACCGGCGGUUAAGAAAUGGUGGAGAAUGACGAGACGCCAUUGGACCUGUUCCUCAAGAUUGGCUUGGAUGAACGCACUGCUCGCAACACCAUCGCCAACAAUAAGGUCACUUCGAAUCUAACGGCUGUGAUUCACGAGGCAGCUGUAACUGAUGGAUGUAGCCGGACAAUUGGAAACCUUCUAUACACAGUUGCUACAAAGUUCCCAGCAAAUGCCCUUGUGCAUCGCCCAACAUUACUGCAAUAUAUUGUCUCAUUGAAGAUUAAAACCCCAGCUCAGUUAGAAGCAGCAUUUUCAUUUUUUACAAGUACUGGUUCAGAGAACUUUCAGUUGAAUGAUUUUGAAGAGGCAUGUGGUGUCGGAGUUGAUGUUUCUGCAGAAGAUGUUGAACGCACAGUCAAUGAGAUUUUUGAAGAGAACAAGAGUACAAUUUUGGAGCAUCGUUAUCGAACAAAUGUUGGUGAUUUAUUUGGGCAUGUUAGGAAGAGGCAGCCUUGGGCUGAUCCGAAGAUUGUCAAGCAACUCAUAGAUGCAAAACUCUAUGAAUUACUUGGUGCAAGGACUGCAGCAGAUGAUGAAAAGCCUUCAAAAAAGAAGAAGGAGAAGCCUGUUAAAGUAGAGGAUAAAAUUGUUGCUUUGGAGACUUCUCCAGCACAGCCAGUUGAAGAAGAACUUAAUCCAUUUUUGAUAUUCCCUCAACCCGAGGAAAACUUCAAGGUGCAUACUGAAAUAUUUUUUAGUGACCGCCCUGUCUUGCGACCUUGCAAUUCAAAGGAAAUGCUUGAAAGACAUUUAAAAGCGACAGGUGGAAGAGUUUUUACACGCUUCCCACCUGAACCAAAUGGGUAUCUGCAUAUUGGUCAUGCCAAGGCAAUGUUUGUUAGCUUUGGCCUGGCAAAAGAGAGAGGUGGAUGCUGCUACCUAAGGUUUGACGACACAAACCCAGAAGCUGAAAAGAAAGAGUAUAUUGAUCAUAUUGAAGAAAUUGUCCAAUGGAUGGGUUGGGAACCUUUCAAGAUCACCUAUACCAGUGACUAUUUCCAAGAUCUUUAUGAUCUAGCAGUGGAGCUGAUAAGAAGGGGCCAAGCUUAUGUUGAUCACCAGACACCUGAAGAGAUAAAAGAAUAUAGGGAAAAGAAGAUGAAUAGUCCUUGGAGGGAUAGACCAAUCGAAGAAUCAUUGAAACUGUUUGAUGAAAUGAGACGAGGCAUGAUUGAAGAAGGCAAAGCUACGCUUCGGAUGAAGCAAGACAUGCAGAGCGAUAAUUUUAAUAUGUAUGACCUUAUUGCAUAUCGCAUCAAGUUUACUCCUCACCCACAUGCUGGAGACAAGUGGUGUGUUUAUCCAAGUUACGAUUAUGCUCAUUGCAUUGUAGAUUCUCUUGAGAACAUCACUCAUUCACUUUGCACGCUUGAAUUUGAGACACGGCGUGCUUCUUACUACUGGUUAUUACAUGUGUUGGGUCUUUACCAUCCCUAUGUGUGGGAGUACUCGCGGUUGAAUGUCACUAACACAGUGAUGUCAAAGCGUAAGUUGAACCGCCUGGUGACAGAAAAGUGGGUUGAUGGUUGGGAUGAUCCUCGUCUUAUGACAUUAGCUGGUUUGCGACGUAGGGGGGUGACUUCAACAUCAAUAAAUACUUUUAUUCGAGGAAUUGGAAUCACUAGAAGUGAUUGUAGUAUAAUUCGUUUGGACCGCCUCGAGUAUUAUAUAAGAGAAGAGCUAAACAAAACAGCCCCUCGGACGAUGGUUGUGCUACAUCCACUUAAGGUUGUUAUUACCAACCUAGAAGAUGGCUCAAUAACAGAUCUUGAUGCAAAGAAAUGGCCUGAUGCUCAAGAGGAUGAUGCAUCUGCUUUUCACAAGGUGCCCUUUUCCAAAAUUGUAUACAUUGAACAGUCUGAUUUUCGGAUGAAAGAUUCAAAAGACUACUAUGGGCUUGCUCCUGGAAAAUCCGUCCUACUCAGGUAUGCAUUCCCUAUAAAGUGCACAGAAGUGAUCCUUAGUGAUGAUAAGGAGACCGUGGUUGAGGUCCGGGCAGAGUAUGAUUCUUCGAAGAAGACAAAGCCAAAGGGAGUUCUUCACUGGGUUGCUGAAGCUUCCCCUGGACUCAAUCCACUUACAGUGGAAGUCAGAUUGUUUGACAAACUGUUCCUCUCUGAGAAUCCUGCUGAACUUGAUGAUUGGCUUGGUGAUCUGAACUCACAGUCCAAAGUGGUUGUACCCAGUGCAUAUGCUGUACCAUCACUUAAAAAUGCUGCAGUUGGAGACAGAUUUCAAUUCGAAAGGCUUGGCUAUUUUGUUGUGGAUAAGGACUCGACUCCGGAAAAACUCGUCUUCAACCGCACGGUUACACUGCGCGAUAGCUACGGUAAAGGUGGGAAGUAGGUGGCCUGCCAUGGAAUGGAGGCUGGAGCCCGGAGGAAAGAAACAGCAGUUACACAUGUUUUGAAUACUAUUCAACAUUCAAUUACACCAAAUAUAUGCAUUUCAGUUGAAUCCCUUUCUUCAAUUUUGUACUUUUUAGUUUUGACAUGGAGAAACUAAUUCAAGUUAUAUUAAUAAUAUUAUUAGUUAAAGCUGGUGUAAAGAGGCUUCUCUUCAAGUGUUCAAUGCUAUGUUUGGUUUGUGGAAAA